UCUCCGUAUGCAUCGAAGGGCGAGUUCUGGUUGGAGGAAUUCGAGAAGCUCCAUAAUGAAACCUCAAUACAGAAGCGAUAUCAGGUGAACGUAUUCUACGUAUCCGACAAGUUCUCAUCGAAGAUCAAAUUGAUCAACUUAUUCCAAAGUGCUCCUUCCAGAUUCAAUCCUGAUGGCGACAUCAAGGCCACAAAAAUGCUGAUGAGAGUCCGUUUAUUGGGAACAGCUAACGAAAAGCCACGAGCUGAAGUACUACGAAAGACAAUUUUUCUCCUUGUCGACCAACAAAUGACUACCGUAACCGGGGUGAUUACAAACGUGGUCACCGCCAUUCUCACAAUGCUCGUCAUCUGCGUGCCUCGACCGCUUUCGGCUACCUGCAUCGCAGUCUCCAUUCUCUCAAUCAAUCUAGGAGUCGUUGGAGCGCUUUCAGCCGCCGGUAUAAGAUUGGACAUCAUCUCCAUGAUCACUAUAGUGAUGAGCAUUGGAUUUUCUGUUGACUACGUGACGCACACCACCUUCCACUUCAUUGUGCAGCGCAACGACAGGCUGAAGAAGUGCCUAGUUGUGAUGACGGAACCAAUACUGCAGGCAGCUCUGUCCACUGUGGUGGGCGUAUCUCUGCUAGGCACUUGUUCCAUCCUACAUAGUCCGAACGUUUGUGAUGACCGUGUUCGCUGUGGUAGGCAUUGGGGUCCUGCAUGGACUGCUCUUCGUCCCCGUUCUACUUGCACU